GGAAACCGGAAGGGAAAAAAAAAUCCAAGUGCAAUCCCGCCCUCAAAACCCUUCAAUUUCCCCCCCAAACCCGCCCCAUCCGCUGUGGUGACGUCACGCGCUCCGCCGCUCAGUGCGACGUGUCCCUCGGCCGGCGGCAAUCAUGGAUCAGGUAAUGCAAUUUGUGGAACCCAGCCGUCAGUUUGUAAAAGAUUCCAUACGACUGGUUAAAAGAUGCACCAAGCCUGACAGGAAAGAGUUCCAGAAGAUUGCCAUGGCAACAGCAAUAGGCUUUGCGAUAAUGGGAUUUAUUGGUUUCUUUGUCAAAUUGAUCCAUAUCCCAAUCAACAAUAUAAUUGUAGGUGGCUGAAUGUUCAUCAUGAAGAAGACAGUUGUGACACCUGCUGCAAUGAUUUCACAGCUUUAAUUUGUUUGAUAUAAAACAAGCUCAGUUUGCGUUUUCAAA